CUCCUUCGAUUCCUCGAAACAACAUGCUCUGGGCCUCAAGCAGGCAUGUUUCGGCUAGCGCUGUGCUGGUCUUGCUGCUGGCGAGGCCGAUCUAUCCAUUCUCGAUGCCGCCACACUCACUCAGGCGGCGGGAGAAGCCUUACCUUGAGACGACUGGCAGCAGCAACAGCAUGAAGCGAAUCAGAUGGGUGACACAUGCAUGGCUCAGGCAAAUCACACGCGCAACACGUUUGCUUGCGCAUCUACUUCUUCUACGUGUUCUCUGUUGUCAGGUUGCCGUCCACUGCCAAUCAUCGACGGGCGGCGCUGUGCCCUCUGCAACCGUCCCAGUGCCCUCGACAGACUCAUCAUCGUCACCAGUAGCAGCGUCGUCUCUCGACAGCCUUCAAUUCGACAAUCGCAACCUUCGAUGCCUCCCUGUUGACCGCACCAACGUGCAGGGCAUCCGGCAGGUGCCCGGGGCGUGCUUUGCCACAGUCGAUCCGACGCCCGUCGAGAGGCCGCGCCUCGUCGCCGCAUCCGCCGAUGCGCUCAGGACCAUCGGUGUGGACUAUCGGGAGGACAAUGCUGAGACGGAGGCGGCGCUGGCAGAGUAUUUCUCUGGCAACGUGAAGCUGGGUGGCUCUGAGACUGCGGCGCAUUGCUACUGUGGGCACCAGUUUGGUGCGUGGGCGGGGCAGCUGGGGGAUGGGGCGGCGAUCUAUCUGGGAGAGGUGGUGAAUGAGCAAGGUACGCACAGGCGUAUGCUGCAGACGGGCAAGGGAAUCGAUGUGAUUUGUGCGUCUGCGUGUGUGCGUGUGUGUUGUGUGUCAGGUGAUCGUGUUGAGAUUCAGCUCAAGGGUGCUGGCUUGACGCCCUUCUCCCGGAUGGCUGACGGGCGCAAAGUGCUGCGGUCGUCAGUCCGAGAGUUCCUCUGCUCGGAGGCCAUGCACGCGCUUGGCAUUCCCACCACUCGAGCAGGUGACAAUCAUUGGCACGCACACACACACACACACUCAAGGCUUAUAUGAUCUGCGCAUGUCAUGUGACGCACAUCCAUCCACAGGCACCCUUGUGACAUCUGACACGGUCGUAUAUCGAGACCCGGUGUAUGACGGCACCAUUGUGGAGGAGAAGGCCUCCAUCGUGCUGCGCAUGGCGUCCACCUUCCUGCGGUUCGGCUCCUUUGAGAUCUUCAAGGCCCCCAACGAGAUGGGCGUGCGCAGCGGGCCGUCGUACGGCCGGCCGGACAUCAAGACCGCACUCCUCAACUACGUCAUCAGGCGAGCAGCAACACAGAAAGAAGACGGAGAGGAGAAACAAACACUGUGAUCUCAUCUGUGUGUGGUGCGGUGGUUCAGGGCAUUUUACCCAGAGCUGUUAGAGGCGCAUGGCAUCGACACCACGACGGCAGGCAUCCCAGCGUGGCAGGAAGGCGUGUCCCCCACGGCCCUGCCCACAGAGGUCUACCGCGCUUUCUAUGCGGAGCUGCUGCGGCGGACCGCCCGGCUGGUGGCAUUGUGGCAGUGUGUGGGGUGGGUGCACGGGGUGCUCAACACGGACAACAUGAGCAUCGUGGGCGACACGAUUGACUACGGCCCCUUUGGGUUUGUAGAGUUCUUCUGCCCCACACACGUGUCCAACGGGUCGGACGACAGGGGAUACUACUGCUACAGACGGUGGGCUGCGCGGAUGGGCCUCUCUCUCUCUGUGAGUGAAUGUGGGUGUGGGUGUGGGUGUGGGUGCGUCUUGUGGUCAGGCAGCCGGAUGCAGUCAAGUUCAACAUGCGCAAGCUGGCUGAGGCGCUGGCCCCCCUGCUGCCUCUCGAGGAGAGCUUCGCAGAGCUCGAGAAGUUUGACGAGAUCCACCACGACGCUUACAUGCAGCAGAUGAGGAGAAAGCUCGGCCUCAUCCGGACAGAGAAAGAAGAAGACGCGGUAAGCUGAGAUACUAAAGCGGCAAACAAAUAAGUCCGAGAGAUGCAGGAUGCAGGUGUCAUGCUCUGUGGGUCUCUUUCGUCGUCAGGCAUUGGUUGCCGAUUUGCUUGAGACGAUGCAGGCGACAGCGGCCGACUUCACCGUCACCUUCAGAGCGAUGUCUGACGUCACUCUCACGGCCGGCUCCAUACAUCCAUCCUCUGACGACCUCUCGCCCACGUUUCAAGAGGCGGAGGCCAACAUACUCAGGAGACUCGGCGGGCUAGUGGUACACACACACCCAAGCCACCAUAGUGUGUGUCCACUUUUGAGUCGUCCAUUGUCUACAUCUGUGUGUGCAGGAGCUGCGCCGCACUCUGCGUCCCGCCAUGGAUCCCUCUCGCGUGCAGAUGGUGGCUGGGAUGCUCAGACAGGGAGUGACCCUCGAGCAGAUGGGCAUGGACCAAGACACAUGGCAGCAGUGGCUGGGGGCAUACAAAGGUCCGACAGACAGACAGACAGACGUAUACAGCACAUGGCAUCAGCAACACCCUGCAGGCCACUUUUGUGUGUGUGUGUGUGUAUGUGUGUGUCCGUCAGAGUAUGAGAAGGUGAUCGGUCUGACUGCGAGCGAGAAAGAAGCCCGCGACAAAGAGCUCUGGCGCGUGUGGCUGACCAAGUACGCAAGACGCCUCCAGAAAGACGCCGAAGGCCUCGACAAAGAUGCCCUGUCACAGUGGGAGGCCGACCGACGAGCACUGCAGAACAGGAGCAACCCGAAAGCUGUGUUGCGCAACCACAUGGCGCAGCGGGCGAUAGAGGAGGCGGAGAGGGGCGAGUAUGGCGAGGUGAGGCGGCUGGUGGGCGUGCUGUCGAGGCCCUAUGAUGAUGACCAUGAGGAGAGGGACUGCCUGCCUGCCGUCGACACCAAGCCGCUCGUGGUGACGUGCUCGUCUUAGCUAGAGGGUGUGUUGUGUGUUGUGUGUUCCAUUCAUUUGCGACUGUGUAUGUCACUGACAGUGACCAUGUGUAUGUCAUCGACGGUGACCGUUUUGAGUUUUUGUGAGUGGGUUUGACGAAUGGAGUUGAUUGCUCACGUGAGUAAGUGUCCGUCGCAUGUCAUGGCAGCCAUAUGAGUGGCCAGACAGGCCUGCAGACACCCACUAGUGAGGGCAUUCACCAGUGCACACACGAGUUCCGAAAACAACGGGACAUCAAAUAUAAAAUGUAGACGGCGAUAGAG